AAAGGCCAAAUGCAUUUUAAAAAAAUGAACUAAGGGAAAUUGGAACAAUUACUACUUGUGGAAAGAAGAGUCGGUGAAGCUAUAAUGGAGUGGGGCGAUUUUCUUCAACUGUCAAAAUUUACUCUCUCUCUCUCUUUUUUCCUUUUCUUGAUUCUCCCUCUGUAAACCUAACCCAAUAAUUUCAGUGGCCAUUACAGUUCAAGAUCUGAGUUUUUCUUAGAAACGAAAAAAUGUCUUCUUUUGUGAUUUUCUUGCUAACAUUGCUCUCAAUUUUCCCAUUUCGACAAUGUCAUGGCCGUCUUUUCACUUUUGAAAUGCACCACCGUUUCUCUGAAACUGUCAAGAAGUGGUCACUUCAGAAACUUGCUGCUCCACUUCAAAAUUGGCCGGUGAAGGGAAGUCUUCAGUAUUAUACUCAGCUGGCCAACCACGAUAGGUUGCUACAUGGCAGGAGGCUUUUUAAAUUCGAUGGACCACUAACUUUCUCUGAUGGCAAUUCCACCUUCCGGAUCAGCUCUCUUGGAUUCUUGCAUUACACCACGGUGACUUUGGGGACACCUGGGUUGAAGUUUCUUGUGGCUCUUGAUACUGGGAGUGACUUAUUUUGGGUGCCUUGUGAAUGCGGCAGAUGUGCUUCUACUGAUGAUCCUACACUUUACAGCUCUGAUAUUGAGCUUAGCAUAUACAGCCUGAAUGGAUCGUCAACUAGCAAGAAGGUCACCUGCAGUGAUAGCUUGUGUACAGACCGCAAUAAUUGUCUCAGUUCAAAUAACCACUGCCCUUAUUCAGUAUCCUAUGUCUCCUCGGAAACUUCAACUUCAGGAAUUUUGGUGGAUGAUAUUUUGCACUUGAGAACAGAUGAUAGUGAGGAAAAAAAAUUUGUCCAGGCGCGUGUGAUCUUUGGUUGUGGACAGGAGCAGACUGGUUCUUUUCUAGAUGUUGCAGCCCCAAAUGGUUUAUUUGGGCUUGGUCUCGAGAAGGUAUCAGUCCCUAGUAUUCUGUCUCAGGAAGGUUUUAUGGCAGAUUCUUUCUCUAUGUGCUUUGGUAGUGAUGGGGCAGGUCGGAUUAGUUUUGGCGACAAGGGUAGCUUUGACCAGGAAGAGACCCCGUUUAAUAUAAACCCAUUACAUCCAACAUAUAACAUUUCUGUAGAUCAAAUACGUGUUGGAACAACUGUUGUUGAUUCAGGUUUUACAGCACUUUUUGAUACUGGAACCUCCUUUACCUAUAUUGCGGACCUAUCCUAUACAAAGCUUUCAGAAAGUUUCCAUUCUCAAGUACGAGACAAGCGGCGUCCACCUGAUCCGAGGAUCCCCUUUGAAUAUUGUUAUGAUAUGAGUCCUGAUGAAAAUACUAGCUUGAUUCCUAGUUUAAGCCUAACUAUGAGUGGGGGAGGCCAACUUGCUGUCAAUGAUCCAAUUAUUGUCAUAUCUACACAGAAUCAACUAAUGUAUUGCCUGGCCAUUGUGAAGAGUGAUGCUCUAAAUAUAAUUGGACAGAACUUCAUGACUGGAUACCGCUUUGUGUUUGAUCGAGAAAAAAUCAUCCUCGGUUGGAAGAAAUUUGAUUGUUAUGAUAUUGAGAAAAUAGACCAUUUCCCAUCACAACCUGUUAAUACCACCCAUGUUCCACCUGCCUUUGCUGUUGUGCCUGGAAAUGAUAAUGCAGAGAGAUCACAUGAAAGGACGACAACUACUCGUCAAAGUUCUUUUGCAUCAUCUGUUUACCAAACAUGUUAUUUGAACCUCAUAAACUGCUUCCUAGCAUCUCUGAUAUUGCUACUUUUAUAAUUGCUACCAUAAGCUAGUUCUCACACUCAGGAUUCAGGUAUGCUUCUUAGGACUUUUUAACACAUAUAUAGUGCAGAUAAUCAUACUUGCAGAGCUCCAAUAUGGACAGAAAUUUUUGGUUUGCCUGCUCAUAUCUGAUUUUGAGGCUAACCCAUAUAAUGUAUAGAAAUGUUAAUACAUUACACUAUGAUAGUUUAUGUACCUUAUGAUUGCAAUAGAACAGUGAGAUUGUACAGUGCCAC